UCAUGAAUCCACUUCGAAACCACACCUUCGACAUGCCACAGAACUGCACAGAAACUACAUAGGUCAAAACGUUGAACUCGCAACGACAAGAGGAGCAGUAGGAGGGUGUGCCUCUCCGUAGUGGUGGUGAGAAGCCUUCCACCGACCGUAACCCCUGGCAAACCAGACUUGGUUACUUUAAUUUGUCGCCCCUCAGUGAAAGUAACGUAAGGCAGUCCUGUGACAGUCCAGACUCAUUGAGUGAUUUUUUUUUGCCUUUAGGGAAAGGCAGAAGAAGACUGGUUCACGAAGUCUCUCUCUUUCUCUCUCUCGCCUUGGGUCUGCAAAACGUUCCAGUUUAUCCAAGUUCAACUCUGGAUUUGUAAACGCAUUCAGUUGCCAACAUGGGGGAUGUAGUCUCAACACACCUUGAUGAAAGCAGACGGGAGCUUAUAACUGCGCGUACAGGAGAGGUGAUUGGCGAGUUUGGCCGUCUGUACGAACAGCAGUAUGUGGUGGCCCUGUUCAACAAAGUCCGCUUUGAUAUCGAGGGGGGAGGGGCGCCGCAGUCACAGCUGCUCCGCCGCAAGGUUCCCCUGCAGGAUAAGUCCAUCUUCUCGGGCACGUUGUUCCAGUACCUGGAGGAGAAUAAGAAGUGGAGGAAUCGAUUCCUCUUCAUCCCCGACUCUUAUAAUGUCAGCUUCUAUGACAGCAAGGCGAGUUUCGAGAAAGGUCAUCACCCCAAAGGGUUCAUCAGCUGUGCUGGGUAUCGAGUGCUGACCUCUAUGGAUGAGUACCUGGAGCUACUGGGGAACCAGCUACCAGGUGUCAAAGCGAAGUCCAGCAGCUCUCCGUACCUGAAGUGCCCCACCCAGUUCCCCCUGAUCCUCUGGCACCCCUACGCCUGUCACUACUACUUCUGCCUCGUGGCCGAGAAGGACCAACAGAAGUGGAGCGCCGUCUUUCAGGACUGCGUCCGACACACUAACAACGGACUGUCUGAGGAGUGCAGGGUCCAGACUCCAGCGUUCACAGAUGCAGUGCGACUCUAUCGUCAGGCUCACGGCCAAUACGGAACCUGGGACAUGAUGUGUGGCACUCCCCCACAGAUCCUGGCUAACCUGGUGAUGGAGACACUGCUGCCUGAGCUGAGAGACCUCAUCUCCCCCCGGCUGAAGGGCAAGCUGCAGGAGAGGCAGAGGAGCUGGAUGCUGAUCUCGGAUGCGGUCUACAAGCUGGUGCAGUCCCAGGCCAAGGCCCAGUACGAGGCCAUCGUCCAGAGCUGUGAGGUGGGCAGCCCUCCCAUAGAAGCCUCCCUACGCACUGACAUGGACCAGAUCAUCACCUCCAAAGAGCACGUCACCAGCAAAAUCAAAGGUCUGGUGGUGCCCAAGGCGGAGAAGCUGCUGAAGGUGAGCAUCCAGCCGUACAUCACCUCCAUCCUGGAGGCCCUGAUGGAGCCCACCAGCCGCGGCUUCUUCGAGGUGCGAGACAUCUUCUUCCGGGAGCUGGUGGACAUGAACAAGAACCUGCUCAACCAAGGCAGCAAGGACAAGCUACGUGAGCACAUGGAGAAGAUCUCGAUGUUGGCGUUCCACCCGGUGAAGAUGCAGAGCUGCUAUGAGAAGGUGGAGCACCUGAGCCUGGAGGGGCUUCAGCAGCGUUUCGACGUCUCCAGCCCCUCCGUCUUCAGCCAGCGCGCACAGAUACUCAUGAGAGAGCAAAUGGAUGAUGCGGUGUACACCUUUGAGCAUCUGCUUCACCAGAGCCUGGAGGGCCAAGAGGGGGAAGACCUGACCAAGGUCAUCCAGCGCUGCCAAGACCGGGUCAUCAAGAAAUUUGACUAUGACAGCAGCACGGUGCGCAAGAGGUUCUUCAGAGAGGCUCUUCUGCAGAUCUUCAUCCCCUACAUGCUGAAGCAGCUCUCUCCAUCUUGUUCUCCCGAGCUUCCCCACUUCCAGGAGCUGAUCUUUGAGGAUUUCUCUCGCUUCAUUCUGGUGGAGAACAUCUUUGAGGAAGUGGUCUUGCACACGGUCAUGAAGGACAUCAUGAUGGCCGUGAAGGAGGUGGCGGUCCAGAGGAGGCACAACCUGUACCGGGACAGCAUCGUGCUGACCAACAGCGACCCCAACCUGCACCUGCUGAGCGACAACGCGCCCAUCGACUGGGCCUCCGAGUACGCCAAGGAGGAGGAGCGGGAGCGCGAGCAGGCGGGCGACGGGGUGGACGGCAGCGGCGGUGGCGGUGGUGCCAAGCAGGCCAACGCUGAGGAGAACAACAAGGAGGACCCAGAGGCCUACAGGAGGCGCAGGAUGAAACAGGUGGUGUCCAUGAUCCAGGUGGACGGCGUGGGGCUCCCCGACUCCUGCCUGGAGAUACCUGGCGUUGAGGAUAUCCCCGAGGAGGUGGAGGAGGAGGAAGAGGAGUCUGCAUCUGCAUCUGCGCCUGCAUCCCCUGAUGUCACAGCUAAGAAGGUGCCCAAUGGAACCUCCAGUCCCGCCAGCAGCAGCAGCAACAACAACAACAGCAGCAGCAGUACUGACCACAACAACAGCUCACCAGCUCUGGUCAACGGGAACGAUCUGAAAGCGGAGCAGGCUGCCAUCAGCGUGGUGGUUGAGCAGAAGGAGCAGAGCGGUCCACCUGCACCAGAGGAGGUGUCGGCCCCACGUGAGGAGGAGGUGGCAGCCCCACAGGAGGAGGAGGUGAAGGAGUUAGAGGUGAAGGCCGUGGCAGCAGAGACGCCGGCGGCAGACCUGGCAGUGGCGGACGCCAUUCAGGAGAUCGAAAGGGCCGUUCUGGAGGAGAGUGAGGAGAGCGAAGCACCCUCCACGAAACCGGAGGAGGUGGCGGCAGCAACAACAGUUACACUGGAGGAGCCUGUUGUCAAAGAGCAGGAGCAGAAGGAGUGUUCAGCAGCCGUGGCUGAGACUCCAGCUGCUGCUGCUGCUCCCACCGCCGCUAUCUCCACGUCCCAGGAAGCCCAGAGCACACCUCCUCCUCCUCCUCCAGCUGAGGAGGCUGUAGCGUCACCAUGCCAACAGCAGGGGGAGGCAGAGAGCAGCCCGGAAUCUCCUGCUGUGUCAGAGCAGCCCGCUGUGGCGGAGGAGCAGCCCACUGCUGCUGGUCAAACGGAAGACAGCGGCAGCCUGCAGCCAGCACCAGCUCCUGAGGUAGCAGCAGCAGUAACCACAACAACUGAGGCCGACAAGGAACCAGCUGCCCCCGUUCAAAUAGAGGAGGAGAAGCAGAGUGACACUAUAGUGGUAGCAGCAGAGGACUCUGGGAAGGGACUCAAUACAGAUGCUGUCCCAGCCAAUGAGAUGUGAGACUUGUUGUUUUUGUUUUGUUUUGUUUUGAACGAGGCCAAAGCAAAGAGGUUUUGGAACAAUGUUGUUUGGGUCGAUUUGUUUUCUGGAAGGGGGUGCGUGGGCACGCAGAAUUAUAAUUGUUAUUAUCAUUUUUUUAGUUAUCGUUUACUCUUGUUGAAAUCUGUUGGGUUUCAGCCCUCUAUUUAUAUCUCUAUCAAGCAUCUUCAGUGGAGGCUUACCAACCCGUCUCCAGACUUCUCUCUCCUCCACUCCAUGCAUCCUCUCUUCUCCUGUGACCACUGCUCUCCUUUUUUUCUCUUUUUCUCUACGCACUCUGCCAUGCUGCAUACAACCUCCUAGCUGAUAAAUUAGGGUCUGUUAAAGAUCAAGGGACCAUCCACAUAUUCCAAUGUCCAAUGUCCAAUGUUCCAAUGUUCCCGAUGCCUCCAAUGUUCCCGAUGCCUUACUGACAAUAUCCUGAAUGGUGAAACCACUCACUUUUAAACACGUAUAAUACCUGACCUGCACGUGAAAACUGGUCAGCAAGCACACUAUGCAUCACUCUAACCCAAAGCUAACAACACUGUCUUUUUUUUUAUUUUUUAAAUCAUCAUGAUGAACGGUAAACUUGUAUUUUUUUCACACACCCCAGUUGGCUGGUGCGUCGGCGAUGACUCACUCAGCAGACAAUUUAAAAAAACUACCGCACACUGACCAUGUCGGUGUUUUCUUUACUACACAAUGUUUCGGUCUCGUCCCGGUCCUAGACCGAAACAUUGUGUGAAACAAAACAGCAAAGUGGUCAGUGUGCGGGAGUUGUUUCAAAUCAUCUUGAUGAGCAAUCCUGAGUUACUUGUGUUUUUCAUAAAAAUGUUUUCACUCUUUGUCCGAUAUGGUGUUUUGUAAAUACGAAAUUAUAGGUUUGUUGGCCGUUUGUGAUUUCUGUGUUUUCCCCUUCUUUUACAUAUGUUCCCUUAGUUUGAGCAGGAAGGCUAAGAUAUUGUUUUCAUUCCCAUUCUCUUUGAUUUGAUCGCUUUGUGUGUGUGUGCCUGUGCGUACGUGUGUGUGCAUGUGUGUGCGUGCGUGCGUGUGUUUUCUCUCAACAUGUAGCCCUCUUUACCUAUUUUUCUGCACUGUGUUUCUAGCACAUGACAAAGUGCUUCACUACAUCAAGGUGGAGACUGAAUAGAAACGCAUGCAAGGGGGCGGGGGGGAAAAAGUAGAAAAUGACUUUUAAAGGGCAGGUGUCUGUAUUUCAAAUUGAAAUGACAAGCUAUCAAAAGGAUUUUGGUGUGCUAAAAACAUUACAAUCAGUCUAUGCCUACCCAUGCUCAUUCUAGGAAGUCAUUGUCGCGACACUACUUUUGGAAAUGUACCUGUAACCGUCCAUGGCUUGGCCCUGACUGCUCUAAGACUCUUUUUUUUAUUUAUUAUGUGCUGAACUGGCAUUGAAUUGUUUAUUAUUUUUAUGUUCCUCUUUUUAUGUCUAAUUGCCUUUUAAAUAUUAUUUUACUCGUUUAAAUGCAAAUUCUUCAUAAUAAAUCAUAACCAGUUUCA